CACUUUCCCUUCCAUUAACACCAUGAAGCUGCUUGCAAUGACUGUGCUGCUCCUUACCAUCUGUAGCCUUGAAGGGGCUUUGGUUCGGAGACAGGCAGAGGAGCUGAAUCUGCAGAGCCUGUUCUCUCAGUACUUCCAGACUGUGACCGACUAUGGCAAGGACCUGCUGGAGAAGGCCAAGGGCUCAGAGCUUCAAAUCCAGGCCAAGACCUACUUUGAGAAGGCACAGGAGCAGCUGACGCCCCUGGUCAAGAAGGCUGGAACUGAUCUGGCUAACUUCUUGAGCAGUUUUAUGGACCUCAAAACACAGCCUGUUGCCAAGUGCAUUGUCUAGACUGUUGUCUUCCAUCCCCAGCUGGCCCCUGGAACACCCACUGGCCAGGCCUAGAGCUCCUCUUCCUACCUACUCCUUGUUUUCUACGAUAAAUAUUGAAAGAAUCAA